AUGUCAGCCAGGACGAAACCAUCACAUAACUUGCGGAGAGAACACAAAUGGCUUAAAGAGACGAACGUUUUGCAACAUGAUAGGGAUUUGGUCCUGCAAGUCAUCAAUAAGAACAUAACACACAAGAGAAUACGAUCAACGGCUGACGCCAUUACGAAACAGGCAUCUCCUAAUUUUGCAGGGAGGAACGCUACGAAUGAGGCAGAUAUGAUAAUUCCUGACAGCUCUUCGAGCAUCUAUCAGAAGGACUCCAAUGUCGUCUAUUCCAUUGACAUUGAUCUAGAGCAUAAUAUUCCAAUGCUGGCACCGGAACAACCUUUACUGCCGACUAUUACAAACAUGAAACCGCCUCAGGAACGUGUGGUAAAUUCGACAAGAAAAGUGAGUGCGACGAUCAUAUCUAACAAUUUGACGGAAUUGAAUAUCGCACAGUCUUCGUCCACCAAAGACGAACUAAUAAGUUUACAAGAAGCUCUAAUAAAAAAGCUGAAGGAUCAAUCAAACACUUUUUCGAGGAAAUGCUCUAUAAUGGAAUCAACGUCUCUUUCAGAGGAUAACAAGAAGUCUCAACUUUCCAAAGAAAUAAAUCCAGCUUUAAUACGACUGAAAUCUGAAAUUAGCGACUUGGAAUCACGAAUAGAACCGUUAGCAAGGAAAGCCAAAACUGAAUCCGCUCACCCAAUUAUAGAAUCAACAGGAACACCGUCCAACUUACAGGGACAGAUGAGAAGCACGGAGGGUCUCAUAGAAGUGCUUGAAGAUAAUGACGAAACUUCCAAUGAAGAACCAACCAUACUUUCACAACAAUCAGUGAUUCAUAAUUCUAUACCGACACCACCACCACAACGACCUCUACGAGAAAGACAUGAUAGAAUAAAUUACAGAAUUCCUGAAAAAGAUGAUCCAUUUGAUUAUAAACUGGGGAAACUAGACGCAACAAUUGAAAGCACUCAACAUGAAAAUACAAUGGAUGCGGAAGAUGACGAUGCCUCAAGUUAUAUGACAACUAGGGACGAAGAAAGAGAUGAAAGGUUAAACCAAAGUGAUUUGGAAUUUGUCAUAAAUGAUGCACCUGAUCAAGAUGCUCCCUACAAAGAUGAUUCCGAAGGGGAAAAUAUAGAACUUAUUAAUUCAUCACCUCUAAAGGAAUUACCCAUGCCAGCACCUACUAAUGACAUGGUUGAUCACGAUGAAAUUAUCAACGAUAGUGACGAGCCCAUAAUUGACUUGUUGGAUGAGGAAGAUGAAUUGGAUAUAAUUAUCGAGGAUAGUAUGCCAAAUCUUCACAACACAAGAACGAAUAAUAUCAACAAUACUCAAUUGUCAAUAUCACAUUCUGAUUUGGAGCUUAUUAAUAGUGAUGAAAAUGAAGAUGAUGAUGAGGAGGAUAAUUUGUCAGAUAGUGACUUGGAGCAAUUCGAUGAAGAAAGAGAAAAUGGGACUCAAAUGGUAAAUAUUGAGGAACUAGAUAACGAUUUGAAAAUUAUAGCUGAGAGGAAAUUACAAGAAGAUGUUGCCAAGGAUUGGUCACCAGUGAAAAUCAAAAAUGAACCUAAGGAUACAUUUAUUAGUCCAACCAAGAACAAAUUACUCGAUUUUCCUGAUGAUGAUGACGAUGAUGACGAUGACGAUUUUUCCUUACUGAAUGAAAUUGCAUCCGACCACACUAAAAAAAAUCAUAAUUCAACAACCUCACCAAGACACCCAUGGUCAGAUGAAGUCGACUUUAAACUGCAUGAGGUUUUCAAAUUACCUGGAUUUAGAUCGAAUCAAUUAGAAGCAGUAGACGCCACGUUAAGUGGUAAAGACGUCUUUGUGUUGAUGCCUACAGGUGGUGGUAAGUCGUUAUGCUACCAAUUACCGGCCGUGGUUAAAUCGGGUAAAACAAAAGGUACCACCAUAGUUAUUUCUCCACUAAUUUCACUAAUGCAAGAUCAAGUGGAACAUCUCCUAGCAAAAGAUAUUAAAGCUUGUAUGUUUAGUUCAAAAGGUACCGCAGAACAGAGGAAACAAACCUUCAAUUUAUUCAUUCAUGGGUUAUUGGAUCUAAUCUAUAUAUCUCCAGAAAUGAUUAGCGCAUCUGAACAAUGUAAAAGGGCUAUUAGUAAACUUCAUUCUGAUGGUAAAUUAGCACGUAUUGUUGUUGAUGAGGCACAUUGUGUUUCCAAUUGGGGUCAUGAUUUUAGACCAGACUAUAAAGAGCUUAAAUAUUUCAAGAGAGAAUAUCCAGACGUGCCAAUGAUUGCAUUAACUGCGACAGCGAGUGAACAAGUUCGUAUGGAUAUUAUUCAUAAUUUAGAGUUGAAAGAUCCAGUUUUCUUGAAACAAAGUUUUAAUAGAACCAAUCUUUACUAUGAAGUCAAGAAAAAAACCAAGAACGCCAUUUUUGAGAUUAUUGAUUCUAUUAAAACCAAGUUCAGAAAUCAAACUGGGAUUAUUUAUUGUCAUUCUAAGAAUUCCUGUGAACAAACCUCUGAUAAAUUACAAAGACAAGGUAUCAAAUGUGCAUUUUAUCAUGCAGGUAUGGAGCCAGACGAUAGAUUGAAAGUACAAAAGGCAUGGCAAGCUGAUGAAAUUCAAGUAAUUUGUGCGACAGUGGCAUUCGGAAUGGGUAUUGAUAAGCCUGAUGUCCGAUUUGUAUAUCAUUUUACCGUCCCACGUACUUUAGAAGGGUAUUAUCAAGAAACUGGUCGUGCGGGUAGAGACGGUAAAUUCUCAUAUUGUAUCACUUAUUUCUCAUUUCGCGAUGUAAGAACCAUGCAAACAAUGAUUCAAAAGGAUGAAAACUUGGAUAGACAAAAUAAAGAGAAACAUUUGAACAAAUUACAACAAGUAAUGUCGUAUUGUGAUAAUAUGACAGACUGUAGAAGAAAACUGGUUUUAUCAUAUUUUAAUGAAGAUUUUGAUUCUAAAUUAUGUCACAAAAAUUGUGAUAACUGUAAAAAUAGCGCACACGUUAUUACAGAAGAAAGAGAUAUCACUGAGAUUUCCAAAAAAAUUAUUUCUCUGGUGGAAGCUAUCCAAAACGAUAGAGUUACUCUAAUCCAAUGCCAAGACAUUGUUAAGGGUUCAAGAAGUUCAAAGAUCAUCCAAUCAGGAUAUACCAACCUUGAGCAGUAUGGACUUGGCAAAAAAAUGUCAAAAUCCGAUAUCGAAAGAAUCUUUUUUCAUUUAGUCACCAUACGUAUACUUCAAGAAUAUUCAAUCAUGAAUAAUGGUGGGUUUGCGGCAAGUUACGUUAAAGUUGGGCCCAAUUCAAAAAAAUUGCUCGACGGGAAAUUGGAUGUUGCAAUGCAAUUUACAUCAUCUUCCUCAGCAGGUACAAGGACACCUUCAUCAAAUGAGGCAAGUAGACCUUCACCUAGUCGAAUGUCUUCCUCAAGAAGUGAGCAAAUGGUCCCCAAACCUGCAUUUAUUAGUGCAAAACAAUUGAGCUCCUUUUCUUAUAGAGGAAAUAACACAGAAGUUGCAAGACCAAUAUCCUUACAAAAUAACACAGAAUCAAGAUCUACUCAAGAGCUAAUAGAUAUAACCGCUGCAUAUAACAAAUUAAGAGAAGUGUCGCUUGGACUUGGUAAUAGAAUGAAUCCUCCUGUAAUGAAUUUCCUCUCAGAUGUAGCAUUAAAGAAAUUAGCUACCAUUCUUCCAGUUACCCCCGAACAAUUUUCGUCUAUUCCAAGUAUAGGAGAAAGACAACGUAAGAAAUUUAAAUAUUUCAAAUCGACAAUACUGAAUCUCAGGAAAAAUAGAAGAAACAUUUCCAACAAUAAGGAUAGUAUUGUGUUAAGUAAUGGUAGUAGUAUCCCUGAACUGAACUCUCAAAAUUCUAGUGGCACAAAAUCUCAUUACUUUAGUUUGGAUCCUGAUGAGGAACAGUAUAAUCAAGCCAUUGUAAACCAAUUACGUGACGCCCAAUUUAAAUCUGCAUCAAACUCUGCCGAAUCGACCCAAUUACGCCCCAAACAAAAUAAUUAUGGAUCCAAACGUUCAUACACGAAUAAUUAUAAAAGUUAUAAUCGCAAGAAGAAAACGUAG